GAUUUUGUGUUAAUGUUACGGGUUUCAAUCCAUUUCUUGCAUUAUUUGAACGUUGUACUUUGAACUUAGAGGUGAGGCGAUCGGGAAGGACUGUAGGAUUCUGGCAAACUCUCGCUCGGUAAAAGUCUUAAAAUUCAAUUUGCAUUUCAAAGAAGCUGGUCGGGAUUAGAAUAACUAUGAGUAAAGCUACGAUGCCUACGACAGCUGCUAUGAUCGUUGGGGUAGCGCUCGCCAUCUUGUAAAACCUGUGUAAGACAACAAACCAAGUUCAAUUAAGCGGGCAGAAACAUUCCUGUUUGGAAAACCACUGAAGAAGUUUAAAUAUAGGAAACUUAUCGAGUUCCAUCACGUCCUCGACCGAGUCGAACAGGGAUGUAAAAGAUUAUGGAUUGCGAGAUGAGCAAAUCGAAGACAGUUAUCGGAAUAGUGGUCGUUGCUGCAAUCAUCUUUGUUGGCGCUAUGGUAGGGACUUCGUUACGAAAACUAAGCACAGAAGAAGUUGGUGUGGCGUACAAUAUCCAUGAGAAAAAGCUGUCAACUGAGGUGAAGAGGGAGGGGCUUCACUCUGGUUCCCCUGGUUACCGCUUUAUCAUCUUUCCCAGUGUGUUUCAGAGCAUAAGUUUCGAUGACCUGGAGUGUCUAAACAAAGAUGGCAUCGAGAUAGAGUUGAAUGUACAGUUUCAGUAUCGGGCAAGACCCAAGGAACUUCGAGAUCUCAUUUUGCAGUUUAAAGACAAAGACAGCUACUUGAAAUUACUAAAGAGCAUUGCUGAGUCUGCCAUCCAUGAUUCUUGUAGUGCUUUCAAUACCACACAGCUACAAUCUGAAAGAGCUUCAUUUCAAGAUCUCGUCCGUAAAACUAUCGGUCGAAGAUUUGACAAUGUAGGAGCUGAUGUCGAAGACCUACAGGUUGAAAACAUCAUGCGCCCUGAAUCCUACGAAAAAGUCAUCCGAACUAAAGAAGCCGCCAAAGAAAACAUCAAGAUAGCAGAGAAUGAACGUCCACGACUUGUUGUGGAAGCGAAAUCUGAGAAAGAAGAAGCUGUCAAGCAAGCUGAGAUCACCAUCCAGCGGGCGGAGUCUGAGGCCAGGGUGCUCUUGUCCAAGGCGGACGCAGAAGCCAGCAGUAUCAGAGCAGCAUACGCUGCAGAAACGGCAGCAUUCCAGAAACUCAAGAACGACACCCUUAGUAACAGUGUAGCAGGACUUCUGUCGUAUCUUGGGGUGCGACUUAUCGCUGAGAACAAUAACACUGUUAAUGUGGCGCUGGAUGCUCCAGCUAAAACCAAGUAUACAUACACCUAACCCUUUAGUACCCAACGCCUAAGCUGUAAUUCACCCUUGAAGCUGCUGCAGAUUUUCCUUUGAGGGUUCUAGGUGACAUUAAGAUAAUCCACUUGGCAAGCUAUACGUGAAGCUGCUACAGAUUUUCAUUCGAGGGCUCUACGUGCCAUCAAGAUAUUCCUCUUGGCAAGUUAUGUGUGAUCAGUUCUCGAGUCAUAGGUUUAUGACAAAAAAUUAACGGGAUUCGUUGAAAUAAAGUCGUAAUAUUCUGCUUAACUCAAAUUUACCUGAGCUGGGCUUUGCUUGUAAUGAACUUAUAAACUUGGCUUAGCUCUAUUCGGUCACAGUAAAUUCCAAAAGAGCUUAGGCUAAAACAAAUGUACAAACAAACAAACAAAUGUACAUGGAAAGACACACUGGAGUUCUUUUUAUCAGUAGAGUAGUUCUCAAUUGAGUAUCGAAAAACCAAAACAAUCCCAACGACCAAUCAGAAUUAAGGUUUACAUUCUCAUUAGCCGAUGAGAAUUCAAAGUGAAAACAAGCUAACUGCUUGAAGCGCGGGAAAACGUGAAAGACCGAAUCGAGAUUGUUUUAACUUUUGAAUCUGAUUGGUUGACAGGAUGGCGCGAAUUUUCUGGGCCAAUUACAGAGCAAGUUGAGUAAAUCCAAAGCAUAACCGGAAUACUUUCGACACUCAAACCAAGAGAGCAAUGCAUAUCUUAAUUUCAAAUUAAGAGGACAGACAACUCCUCGAUGAAAUGUUUUUGUAACGGCAAUUGAAAGCGUAGUAAAACCAAAGUAAUUAAUUGUUUGAGGUAAAUACAAUCGCUUAGGCUGGUUCCAAAAUAAAUAAUAAAAACAAUUUGCAUCUUGGAUUUCUGAUAUCAAAAGUGGAAAGGAGUUUGAGCAAACUACGUUAGGGCCAGACCACCACCCCUCCUCCAUUCUCCAUUUGCAACACCACCGCUAAGCGAUUUUACUCUUCUAAGAUAUAACUGCUUUGAUUUUACACUGUAGAUAGAGAAACUAGAGACUGCCUUCAAUCUACAUGAUCAAAAACUGUCUACUGUGUCCAUAUUAAACACUCAAAACACCUUCAA